AUGAAGAAGACAGAAUCUACCACCGUUUACGAAACCAUUCCUCAGAACGAAAAGACUGUUCAGGAAUCGGGAAACGAUUUUCAAACAACUUCCAAACAAUCGUCAAAGGUUAAGCUCCGUCGGCACAAGGGAUAUCCUCUGCUCAAAUGGAAUGAGAUCCAGCCCUGGCAGCAAGACAACCAAUAUAUUGUUCGUGCCUACCGUCCAGCAUCGAACUCGUUUCUUCGCAGUAUCCAGUCGAUCGGUCACAUUCACAAUGAGACGGUAAACAUUUGGACCCAUCUUCUUGGAGCCCUUUACUUUUUGUACAUGAUCCACGGCGUUCGCAACUUGCUCAGUCGUGACACAACUACAGCCGAGGACCGUUACGUUGUUCUUGUGUUCAUUGUCAGCGCCUUUACCAUGCUCGCAAUGUCCACCGCGUAUCACACACUCUGCAACCACUCUCCACGUGUUGCCAAGUUUGGUAACAAGCUCGAUUACCUCGGUAUUGUGGUGAUGAUUGUGGGCUCGUUUGUGCCUUCCAUACACUAUGGCUUUGCGUGUCAUGCUAGUUUCCAAGUGCUCUACACCGCUACGAUUUUCAGCAUCGGAGUAAUCGCUGUGUUUGCAUGCUGUCUUGAACGGUUUCGCAAGCCUCAAUGGCGUGUGUACCGUGCUGGUAUCUUCACUGCAAUGGGCCUGUUUGGUAUCUUGCCCGUCGCCCACGCGGCGACUCUGUAUCCUUUAGGACAACUGCUUUCAAGUAUGGGUUUGGGCUAUCUCAUCUUGCAAGGUGUCUUGUACAUUAUUGGAGCUGUGUUGUACGCAAUGCGUUUCCCUGAGAAGACGAAGCCAGGUAUUUUCGACGUUCUUGGUAGCAGUCAUCAAUGGUUCCAUCUUUUCGUUCUUACCGCGUCUCUCUGUCACUUUCGCGGUAUCUAUGUUGCUUAUGCUUACUUCCAUGACCACCCAUCUUGCUUGGCUUAG